AUGAGAGUCCAGAGCUCCCUCCUCCUGGUAGUCCUCCUGGCUUUGGAGACUCAGUGGCAUGCUGCCUUGUGUAGAAAGAAAGGAGACAAAUUUGGGGGCUGCCCACCAGACGACGGGCCCUGCCGCCAGGUGGUUCCUGAUCAGUGCGCGAAUGACAGACAGUGUCCCUCUUCUUGGAAGUGCUGUCCCCGAGCCUGCUUCCGCCAGUGUAUCCCUAGAGUCUUUGUAAAGCCGGGCAAAUGCCCGGUGGAUCAACUUCGCUGCCUCAGUCCCACAAAGCACACGUGUAACAAAGACUUGGACUGCUCGGGCAACAAACGGUGCUGUGUCAGUGCCUGCGGCCGGGACUGCCGAGACCCCAGCAAAGGUGCCAUUUCUGCUUCCCCUCCUGCCCAACCUUGCCCGGAAGAUGGCAGGAGUGCCGCUCUCUGGCUGCCGCAGCCUUCUCUCUAUGACUGCUGCAGCCCUUCUCACCAGAUUCGAAUGUCUGAGCUGUUGACUCAUAGUCACAGAUGCCAACAACACGGAUCCAAGGUGACACGCAAGAAUAGAAACCACCGCCUCCGGCCGCCCGCGGCCUCCCUCCCUCCCCCCGGCAGCGAUCGAUGCGGCCUCAGCCGCGGGGGACGGGAGCACAGGAAAGGAGGGGGCCGCCGGGCCUCCGCAGUAGUGAGGCGCAGCGGGGCCUCAGGGCAGAAAACAGCCCGGGCGGCGACUUGGGGUACAGGCGCGCUGGAAUCCCAGGAGGCCAAGACAGGAACCUAA